AUGGCAUCUGUACUCCGUCGCUCACUACCGACGCCGGCACCGGCACAGGGACAAGGACAAGCACGACUUCUCCGAACCGUCGAGACACCACAACGCCAUGUCCAACCACGCCGGCCUCUACAAUACACACCGAUCCGAACAUACGGCGAUAAAGCUGAAGCGUCGUCCUCGACGCCGGCACACGAUCCGCUCGCCAGAAUACCACUAUACAUCCUGGGAGCCGCGGCAGUCUUUUUCCCGUUCUACUACUAUGUCCAUUCCGGCAAGCCGCCCAGGUCGGAACAGGCGACGGUCGAACAGCUGCGGAGGGAGCGCGGCACGGAGCACGAGUACCGAGACCCGAGAGACACUCCGAUCAAGACGCUCGAGCGGAAGAAGAAGGCUGAGGAAAUCAAGUCCUCCAAAAACUAA